UCACCUCUAUAUAGUCCAAACACAUAUCAUAUUUUCUACUCCAAACGCAAAAAUGGCUGCCCCCUCAUCCCUCAAACCUCACAAUUCCCUCAAUCUUUUCUCUUCUUUCACCUCCAUCAAGCUCAAAACCCUCUUCCAAACCUUCAUCUUCUCCCACAUCUACCCCAUUGCACGUGCCGUCGCCAACGCCAACUCACUUCUACUCAAACUCAUCAGACAAAUACACUUCAAACACUUGCUGCAAAUUAUGGAAAUAUUCCCAUUGAUGAAGAAAAACAAGAACAAGAGUAAGAAGAAGACGAUCGUUUUCGGGUCGUUUAGGUUGCACUACAACUGGUGCUCGUCCCAUGUGAUGCCUCUAGCAGGCGCGGAAAGCUGUUCUCAUGAUCAUGUGUACUAUGAUUCCAGUUGGAACACUGUGAUCAACCCGUCCGAGUCUCAGCGGAUGCAAGAUCAUCAUGGCAAUGAUGAUGACCAGCUUUCGAGGUACUUGGAGUGGCUUGAGGACAAGGGUGAUCAUCAGUGUGAAGAAGCUUGGAGCUGCAAUGAGAUUGACAAACUUGCUGAUUUGUUCAUUGCAAACUGCCAUGAGAAGUUCAGGUUGGAAAAACAGGAGUCUUAUAGAAGGUUUCAAGAAAUGAUGGCUAGAAGUGUAUGAUGAGUGAGUAUGUACAAGUUGAGGGUCUCUAGCUAUAGCUUUUGCUUUGCCUUUGAUCAUAUGGGGUUUUCUUUUUUUUUUUGUUUGUAAUUGGGGUUUUGGUGAAAGCUUUGUGGGAUUUGUGCAAAUUCAGUGCUGAGCUUUAUAUAUAAAUUAAUUUGCUAGCUAGCUCUUGUAUAGGA